AUGACCCUAAAUCAGCCUCAGCGGUACCACUACAAAUGCGCUCCAGGAGCCGCUGGUAAAGUGCUAGGUGGCCCUCUAAGAGCAGCCAACCUUCGUUCACUGAUCUGGAGCAGCCCUUCGUUCGGACAUCUGCAGGAGCAGCUCAUGUGCACGGCAGCCCCGUGCCCAGCUCUAGAACAGCUGCUUACGGAACUUGAGGAUUUUCUGAAGAUACUGGAUGAAGAGAACCUCAGCAGCACAGCUGUAGUGAAAAAAUGCUUCCUUUCUGACCUCCUGCGAGUGUACACAAAGACAAGCAGUGGUGAUGAGGAAUACAUUUACAUGAACAAAGUGACCUCGGUUAAACAAAAGGAUGGACAGGAGAAAGAAGGUGGAGCACUGGAUUGCGGAGAGUCUUUGUCCAAUGGGGAAUCAGGACACCAUUCAUCUCCUCCUCAGAAGAGUCUGCCGGACCUUCCUCCUCCAAAAAUAAUUGCAGAAACGAAACUGCCUUCGAUCCCCAAGAUUGAGUCUCCAGAGGCAUAUUAUGAAGAGGCUGAGCCAUAUGAUAUCUCUGUGAAUGGUAUUCUUGGUAGGCUUGCUGCUACUGGAGCCAGGACAGGGUUGCAGGUUACCGAGGGAGUAAUUUAUGCCACAAUAACCAUGGAAGACGGAGAAGCAGUCAGCAGCUCAUACGAAUCCUAUGAUGAAGAAGAGAGCAGCAAAGGGAAGUCAGCAACCCACCAAUGGCCAUCCACUGAAGCCACCAUUGAGCUGAUGAAAGAUGCCCGCAUCUGUGCUUUUCUCUGGAGGAAGAAAUGGCUGGGACAGUGGGCCAAACAGCUGUGUGUCAUUAAGGACACUAGGUUGCUGUGCUACAAGAGCUCCAAGGACCACACCCCUCAGCUUGAUGUGAACUUGCUGGGCUGCAGUGUCAUACACAAGGAAAAGCAAGUGAGGAAGAAAGAACACAAGCUGAAGAUCAUUCCGAUGACCGCAGAUGUGAUUGUGCUGGGCUUGCAGAGCAAGGACCAGGCAGAGCAGUGGCUCAGAGUAAUCCAAGAGACCAGUGGCCUUCAGUCUGAAGGAGUGGGUGAAGGAAAUCAAUACGUUCCAGACUCCCACCGUCUUAGUUACCUCAAGGCGGACUUGUCCGAGAGGCAUUCUGUGGCAUCAGAGAGCGGGAGCAGCACGGACGGCCACCCGGAAUCCAUUGAAACAAAGGAUGUCAAGAAGAAGGGUACAACUGGCCUUAAACUGAGCAACCUGAUGAACCUUGGGAGAAAAAAAUCCAGCUCAUUGGAGAGUCCAGAGAGGACACUAGAAACUUCCAGUUACCUGAACAUACUAGUGAACAGCCAGUGGAGAUCCCGUUGGUGUCACAUAAAAAAUGGUCACCUCCAUUUCUACCAGGACAAGAAUAGAAGUAAAUCUGCACAGCAACCUCUGAGUCUGGUGGGCUGUGAAAUUAUUCCAGACCCCACCCCUGACCAUCUCUAUUCUUUCCGUAUUCUGCACAGUGGGGAAGAACUAGCCAAAUUAGAGGCCAAGUCUUCUGAGGAAAUGGGCCAUUGGCUGGGCCUCCUCUUAUCAGAGUCAGGCUCGAAAACGGACCCAGAAGAAUUCACCUAUGAUUAUGUUGAUGCUGACAGGAUUUCCUGCAUCGUGAGUGCUGCAAAGAAUUCAUUCUUCUUAAUGCAAAGGAAGUGCUGUGAGCCCAACACCUAUAUCGAUAACCUGCCGAAGAUAAGGACCCAGGAGGAGGAACUCUACGAUGACGUGGACCCGCCGGAGGGGACCAUGGAAGAAAUACCCCAAAGCGAAAGCAAAGAUGAAGAGGACCCAGACAAAGUGUACCUAGACCUCACACCGGUUAAAUCCUUCCUGCACUCCGCUGGCAGGAAACCGGCACAGCCGUCACCUCCACUCUCUCCAUCUGUGGACUAUGGAACGGAAACACCCCUAUUGGCUAAGGAAGCAGAGCCCCGUAGAACGUCACUGGAAAUCCCAGACCAGACACUUCAGGAGAAGAUGGAGCCGGAAGAGUCACCAUCAAAGACAACCACUGUCAAAAUCCAGAUGCAGCAGCAGAAAAUCGCCUUCCCCCAGAGCAGUCCUGAGAUCAAAGCCUCUCGCACAGUUACGGCCAGUCCACAGUUAGCGUCGGCGCCCAGAGAGAAAGUGGAAUGGCCCAAGGUGGCAAAUACAGCCUUGUCCCUGGCUAAGCCUGGCUUUGCUGAUGUGUUUGCAGUGCCUGUAGAAACCAAACUGGGCAAGAACAGGAUGGAAGCUGAGGUGAAGCGGUACACAGAGGAGAAGGAGCGGCUGGAGAAGGAAAAGGAGGAAAUCCGAUCUCAGCUGACCCAGCUUCGGAAGGAGAGACGGGAGCUGAAAGAGACGUUAGCUAGCUGCCCAGAUAGCAGCCUGGUGGCUAAUGUGGAGCAGAAGCUGAAGGAAAUAGAUGAGGAGUGCAAAAAGAAAGAGAGCAGGAGGGUUGACCUGGAGCUGAGCCUUGUGGAAGUGAAAGAAAACCUGAAGAAAGCAGAGUCUGGCCCGGUGACACUUGGCACAGCUGUGGACACCACACACCUGGAGAACGCAAGCCCCAAGGUCAAAAUGGCCAGCCCGGCAAGUAGCACAGAGAACUCCCCGGUCAACUCGGCAACAGCUUUAAAAAACAGGCCUUUAUCCAUCAUGGUUACAGGGAAAGGGACAGUUCUACAGAAAGCUAAGGAAUGGGAGAAAAAAGGAACCAGUUAG